AUGGAAUAUGCUGACCUUAACCGCUACCAGGACAUCCUGGGCCAAUUGCCCAUGCUUCAGGUCUACUCGCACGUCCUCUACUUCUUCCCACUGCCAGAGUCCUCCGUCCCCUGCCAGGCAAUUGUCGAUGCCUUCUCAGCGGCCAUCAUCAAUGUCCGCAAGAAGGUCCCGUGCAUGGGCGCCCGCGUCAUUGCCUGGCCACCACCAAACCCCCAACUCGUGGUAAAAGACCUCCAAGACCAAGCACCAUUCUGGUACAGUGGACUUUAUCAAGGGAGAUGGAUGAACCGUGAGCGCCAAAGGUUGGAAGAUGAUUAA